AUGAAAUUCAGCGGUGGAACAUGUGAAAAUAUUUAUGGUGAAUUACUUGAUUAUGAAAUAAUACAGCAUGAAAAUAAUUUAAUUACUGAAUGUCGAUUAGAACGACGUAUUAUACAUCUACAAAAAUGGAUUGGUUUAACAAUUAUUUUAACUUAUUUAGCAGCUCUUAUUGGAGUUCAUAAAAAUGAUAGUAGUUUAUUAUUAUUUUUAUCGAUUAUUUUAUUAAUAGGUGUGAUAAUAAAAGCUUAUUUAAAAGUAAAACGUGAAUGUGUUAUUGUUGGAAAUCAAAUGGGUUUACAAUUGACAACAACUUAUGUAAUUGGAAGACAAACAACAAUUUUUAUUAGUUCAAAUCGAAUAAAAGAUAUUUUAAUAAAUGAAGGUUUUCUUUCACAACGUUUGAUUUAUUAUUUAACUUUAAUGAUAAAUGUUAAUGGUGAUAUGUCAAUGUUACCACUUUUUGUUAAACUUCUUCCACGUUUAUCUUUAUUAAAAUUAUUCUAUAAACAUCUAUAUCCUGUUAUUCAUAAAUUAAAAUAA